AUGGUCCGUCCCCGCGUCUUCUUCGACUUCACCGCCGACGGGGAGCCCCUCGGACGUGUCAUCUUCGAGCUCUACAAUGACACCGCUCCCAAGACUUGCGAAAACUUCCGUGCGCUAUGCACCGGCGAAAAGGGCCUCUCCCACAUAACAGAGCGUCCGCUCUACUACAAGAACUCCAUCGUCCACCGUUCUAUCAGCCGCUUCAUGAUCCAGGGCGGAGAUUUCACCAAACGCAACGGCACCGGCGGCGAGUCCAUCUACGGCGGCCCCUUCGCCGACGAAGACCUCACCCGGAUGCUCGACUCUGAAGGCCUGCUCUGCAUGGCCAACAAAGGCCCGAACACGAACAACUCCCAGUUCUUCAUCACCCUCGCCCCGUGCCCCCAUCUGAACGGCAAGCACGUCGUCUUCGGCCGCGUCGUCCGUGGCUACGACGUCGUCGAGCGCAUCGCCGAGAUCCCGACGGACGCGAAGGACCGCCCGCAGGUGCCGGUGGUGAUCGCCAGCUCUGGCGAGCUCAUGCUCCGCGCGCCCCCGCCUGCGCAACCCGAGCCCGCACGCGCCGCCCAGGCGGCGAGCGAGUCCGACCCGGACGACGACGACGCGCGCAGGAAGCGGGACCGGUCGCGCUCCUCCUCCCCCGCCCGCUCCCGCUCCCGCUCGCCCUCCGCGGACGGCGACCGGGACCGCAAGCGGCACAAGAAGGACGAGAAGCGCAAGCACAAGUCCAAGUCCAAGCACAAGUCCGGAUCCAAGAAGGACAAGCCGGCCUCGCCCCCGCCCGACGGCGACGGCGGCGCCCCGAGCGAGACCGAGUCGCAGUACGACGCGCGGCUGGAGCGCGAGGAACUGGAGCGCGAGGCGGACGCGCGCCGCCGGGAGCUGGAGCGCCUCGCGCGGCGGGCGAAGGAGGACGAGGAGCGGCGGACGCGCGAGAACGGCGGCGUCCGCUUCAAGGGCCGCGGGCGAAUGAGGUUCGUGGAUCCGGAGCUGCGGCGGGGCUAG